AUGAUGGCGCUGGCACGGCAUCUGAAGUUUCUGCUAACCUUCGGGUCUCUCGUCUCCGCGUUCGCAUUGCCUUCGCUGCAGAAGACGCUGGAUGACGACGAGGACAAUGACGAUACGCCUCUACCCUUGGUCAUCUGGCAUGGUCUUGGCGAUAACUACGCUGCUGCAGGCCUUCGAGAGGUUGGCGAGCUGGCCGAGGCCAUCAACCCCGGAACACUCGUCUACUACAUCCGCAUGGACGAGAAUGCAUCGCGCGACCGCUCCGCCACCUUCCUCGGAAACGUGACCCAGCAGAUCGAGAAGGUUUGCAGCGACCUCGCAGCUCACCCCAUCCUCUCGACCGCUCCUGCUAUCGAUGCCCUCGGCUUCAGUCAGGGCGGCCAGUUCCUCCGCGGAUACGUCCAGAGAUGCAACAACCCGCCGAUCCGCAGCCUAGUCACGUUCGGCUCUCAGCACAACGGCAUCAGUUCAUUCAGGGACUGCCCGUUCAAUGACUGGGUCUGCAAGGGAGCUAUGGCUCUGUUGAAGUACAACACCUGGUCCGGCUUUGUACAGAACCGACUGGUCCCAGCCCAGUACUACCGAGACCCACUGGAAUAUGACCAAUACUUGGAGAACUCCAACUUUCUUGCCGACAUCAACAACGAGCGUGUCUUGAAGAAUGUGACCUACAAGGAGAACUUGGCGAAGCUCGUCAACUUGGUUCUGUACAUGUUCGAGGAGGACACAACGGUCAUCCCCAAGGAGACCGCAUGGUUUGAGGAGGUCAAUGGAACGGAGAUCACCCCACUGCGCGCAAGAAAGCUGUACUCCGAGGACUGGCUUGGUCUACGGGAGCUGGAUCGCAAAGGCGGGCUCAAAUUCAGAACCACUCCUGGUGAUCACAUGCAGUUGUCGGAGAAGACCCUGAAUGAUACUUUCAAGGAAUUCUUCGGGCCACUGAAGAAGACUUUCUCACCGGAGCCAACCCAGCUGGGGCCGGAAGAGCUGUAA